GUGGGCGGGGCCAAGCGGGAUGCCCUAGCUCGCGCGCGCGCGCGACGGCCCCAGGUACGCGGACAAGAUGGCGGCGGCAGCGGUCGACAGCGCGAUGGAGGUGGUGCCGGCUCUGGCAGAGGAGGCCGCGCCCGAGGCUGCGGGCCUCAGCUGCCUGGUCAACCUGCCGGGCGAGGUGCUGGAGUACAUCCUAUGCAGCGGCUCGCUCACGGCAGCCGACAUCGGCCGCGUCUCCAGCACCUGCCGGCGGCUCCGCGAGCUGUGCCAGAGCAGCGGGAAGGUGUGGAAGGAGCAGUUCCGGGUGAGGUGGCCUUCCCUUAUGAAACACUACAGCCCCACCGACUACGUCAAUUGGUUGGAGGAGUAUAAAGUUCGGCAAAAAGCUGGGUUAGAAGCCCGGAAGAUUGUAGCCUCGUUCUCAAAGAGGUUCUUUUCAGAACAUGUUCCUUGUAAUGGCUUCAGUGACAUUGAGAACCUUGAGGGACCAGAGAUUUUUUUUGAGGAUGAACUUGUGUGUAUCCUGAAUAUGGAAGGAAGAAAAGCUUUGACUUGGAAAUACUAUGCCAAAAAAAUUCUUUACUACCUACGGCAACAGAAAAUUUUGAAUAAUCUCAAGGCUUUUCUUCAGCAGCCCGAUGACUAUGAAUCAUACCUUGAAGGUGCCGUGUAUAUUGACCAGUACUGCAAUCCUCUCUCAGACAUCAGCCUCAGAGACAUCCAGGCCCAGAUUGACAGCAUUGUAGAGCUUGUUUGCAAAACUCUCCGGGGCAUAAACAGUCGCCAUCCCAGCUUGGCCUUCAAGGCAGGUGAAUCUUCCAUGAUAAUGGAAAUAGAACUUCAGAGCCAGGUGCUAGAUGCCAUGAACUAUGUCCUUUAUGACCAGCUGAAGUUCAAGGGAAAUCGAAUGGACUACUAUAAUGCCCUAAACUUAUAUAUGCACCAGGUUUUGAUCCGCAGAACAGGAAUCCCCAUCAGCAUGUCUCUGCUGUAUUUGACAAUUGCCCGGCAGUUGGGAGUCCCACUGGAACCCGUCAACUUCCCAAGUCACUUCCUAUUGAGGUGGUGCCAAGGCGCAGAAGGGGCAACCCUGGACAUCUUUGACUACAUCUACAUAGAUGCUUUUGGAAAGGGCAAGCAGCUGACAGUGAAAGAAUGUGAAUACUUGAUUGGCCAACAUGUGACUGCAGCACUGUAUGGGGUGGUCAACGUGAAGAAGGUCUUACAGAGAAUGGUGGGGAACCUGUUAAGCCUGGGGAAGCGGGAAGGCAUCGACCAGUCGUACCAGCUCCUGAGAGACUCACUGGAUCUGUAUCUGGCAAUGUACCCAGACCAGGUGCAGCUGCUUCUCCUCCAAGCAAGGCUCUACUUCCACCUGGGAAUCUGGCCAGAGAAGUCUUUCUGUCUUGUCUUGAAGGUGCUUGACAUCCUCCAGCACAUCCAAACCCUAGACCCCGGGCAGCACGGGGCGGUGGGCUAUCUGGUGCAGCACACUUUAGAGCACAUAGAGCGCAAAAAGGAGGAGGUAGGCGUGGAGGUGAAGCUGCGUUCCGAUGAGAAGCACAGAGAUGUCUGCUACUCCAUCGGGCUCAUUAUGAAGCAUAAGAGGUAUGGCUACAACUGUGUGAUCUAUGGCUGGGACCCCACCUGCAUGAUGGGACAUGAGUGGAUCCGGAACAUGAACGUCCACAGCCUGCCUCACGGCCACCAUCAGCCUUUCUAUAACGUUCUGGUGGAGGAUGGUUCUUGUAGAUACGCAGCCCAAGAAAACUUGGAAUAUAAUGUGGAGCCUCAAGAAAUCUCGCACCCUGAUGUGGGACGCUAUUUCUCAGAGUUUACUGGCACUCACUACAUCCCCAACGCAGAGCUCGAGAUCCGGUAUCCAGAGGAUCUGGAGUUUGUCUAUGAAACGGUGCAAAAUAUUUACAGUGCAAAGAAAGAGAACAUAGACGAGUAAUGUCUAGUAGAGGACAUUGUACCUUUGCUGCUGCUGCUACCUUCCAAGAGAACAGGAUUCCGGAAGAAGAUGUCUCCACGGAUCCUUCUGGGUUCACAACACCAGGAAAGCCACUUACCCAGUAGUGCUGGUUGCCUCCUACUAAGUUUGAGUAACGUGUGCUCUCCGACAGCUGCAAAGACAAUGUCGCUCUCCGCCUACACUAGUGAAUUAAUUUGAAAGGCACUGUGUCAGUGGCAUGGCUUGUAUGCUUGUCCUGUGGUGACAGUUUGUGACAUUCUGUCUUCAUGAGGUCUCACAGUCGACACUCUUAUAAGCAUUCUUUUUAUUCACUUUCCGUUCUUAAUGUCUGUCUACACUUGUCUCAAACAUUUCAUUUGCUGGACAGAUGGGGUUAUACAUUUGCAAUAAUUUCUUUCUGAUUUCUCGAUGGAACAUGUGCAGUCCUAAGUCAGGAUCCUUUGUCUUUUUACCCUGAAUUUAGUUGCAUAUUCAGGGGUAAAGUUGUGCACUAUCUUGGCAGCAUCUUAGACACAGAGACAUUAACAAGCUAAUGGUAAUUAGAAUCAUCUGAAUUUAUUUUUUCUAUUAUGUGAAACACAGAUUUCAAAUGUUUAUCUUUUUUUAAAUUUAAAUUGGGAAAAUAACACAGUUUUCCCUUCCAUAUUCCUCUCUUGGAUUUAUGCAAAUCUCUGCAAAUCAUUAGUUUUCUAUUUUAUUACAUAAAAUUCUUGGAGAGAAUGCAUAGUGAUGGCCUUUUUGAAUGGGGUUUUCCACAUUCAUCUAGUAUUCCUCCCUUUAGAAUGACUAUUCUUUUUUUAAUUUUAAAAAUCCACUUUGUGUCAUGAGUAGGUCUUAAAUCAGUGAUAAGUUCUUUUUUGUAGUGAAACAUACAGAUCUGAUAUCAAAAUGUUCUUAAAAAUCAUUCUUGGUUUCCAAAGACCAAAAAUGGGGUUUUGCUUUUGUUACCAGAAAAAAGAAGUAAUGAACCUUUUAAAACAAUUUUUUUUAAAGAAAGAAAGUGGUUUCAUGCCCUUCAUCUUUCCUUAGAGUCACUUGAAGACCUUUUUGAACAUGGUGAAGAGAAAGAAAUAGUGUCUUUACCUUUAAGAACGCUGGGGUUGUGGGAAAGGACACGUGUGUAAUCUUUCUCAAGUCACCAGUGUCCAAAAGCAUCAGGACAAGGCCCAUUGUGAAGCCUCACUGGAGAGUCUGACUUGGUGUCGAGAUACCACUGUCUCCUCUUCCACCUGCUUAGUGACUGAGCAUGAAGGUGCCACGUCCUCACGCAGCUCUGAGAUUCCCACCACUCGGGGCCUGCCAGUUCCCAGGCGAGCUGACCUUGUAAUUAACCAGUAGAAGCUAACUUCUGGAGUUGGGACUUAGUUACUUUGCUAUCAACCUUUAAAAGAAAACAGUUGCUCUCAUGAAUGAGGCCUUAGGGGCUGCGAUCUGGUCAGCCCCGCUGCCUGUCCGCUCAUCUGCAUGCAGUAUCCUCACUCCAUGUUGAAUGACUGCUUCUCCUUCACCUUUUGGGAGCCCUGGGAUGACCAGGGCUUGGGGAAGCCACGUGAGACACUUGAUGGCAAGUGCAGGCUGUUCAGCAAUUAUUAGUGAUGGGGAUGUGGCCAUCCGGCUCCUCCAGCCUGAAUUAGCUAUUGUCUAGUACCCGUGUUUCCCAUCAGUCAAAUCCAAAGUCAGAUAAUUUGAACUUACAUUUGAAAAUGUGACCACUCACAACACCCAGCUUGUCUGAGGUUGGGGGUAUUUUACACUACUCUCCUUUAAAGGUAAAAUUAGAUGAUAAGGAAUUAAUAAUAACGAGAUACAUUAAUAAGAGACUGUGGCGCAUGCUGAGAGUUAUAAUGUUGGUUUUCUGGUUUGAUUCUUUUUUUGUUAGAAUAACAUCAAAGCCAAGAAAAAUGGUUUUACCUUUACUGACUCAACUGUAAAUAUGUAUCUAGACUGUUUUUAAAUGUGUUUCUUCAUGAAUGCUUCAUUUGGCUCCAGGAAGCCUGCAUCACCUGUGUAAGUUGGUAUUUGGGCACUUUAUAUUUUUCUAAAAACGUGUUUUGGAUCCUGUACUCUAAUAAAUCAUAAGUUUCUUUUUAAAAUUUUUCCAAAAGUUUUCUCCAUUUUAAAAAGCCCUGUUAUAAAAGUAGAACUUUCAGAAUGUUAAAAUAUUAAAUAUUUGGAUAUAGUAACUUCUUUUCUCUUCAAAUGAAUGCCAAGAUUUUUUUGUAUAAUGAUAAAUAAAUGGAACUUAUCCAGAGAAACCA